UUGAAACUCUCCUCCGUCCUCACACUCGGGAGUUUGUAGACAUCAUAUCCAGCGCUACCACGUCCACAUCGGCAUGAAGAUCGAAGACAUCGAUUCGGCACACUAACUUGAAGUCAACUGCUUCCAUAAAAGUACUUUACCGCCACAGACAAUUGCUGAGCCACCGUCAAACCACACAGAAUGGCUCGGCCCAGAGACUCGCGCUCACCAUCUCCUGCAGGAAGUCAUGCUGCGCGAACGCGGAAAGAGGAUGAUCGACGCGACCGCGACCGCCGUGAUGGCUCACGUGAUCGCCGCCGCCGCUCCCGUAGCCCAGAUCGCCGAUACCGUGACCGCGAGCGGGACCGAGAUAGAGAUCGCGACUCGUAUCGCUGGAGAGAUCGUUCCCUAGACCGCCGAGAUGACGAUUAUUACCGAGGUGCACGUCGGGAUGGUGCGGGUGGUGGCCACCGUGAUAAGAGACGGUCACGCGACAGAGGACCUGAUAGGGUGCGCUCCCCAGAACGUCGAAGACCUCGCAGCAGGGAUGGUAGGGAUAGUAGAGAAGGGGACAGAGACUACCGUUCUAGGAGGGAUGACUCCCGCGACCGCAGGCCCCGCCGGGAUGGCUCAACAGACCGGGGGGAUGGCACUCGACCCCGGGGUCAACCCAAGCCAGCAGAGAGUGCUGCACCAAUCAAGCCCAACGAGCCAGCUAAGUCUACACCAACCCCAGCUCAGUCGGAAGCUGAAAAGAAGGCUGAACGGUUGCGCAAACUUCAAGCCAUGAAGGAGAAGCACGCCAUGAAGGAAGCUAAGGAGGCCGAUGUUUCAGCCGGGAGCACCAGGAAACUACUCGCAGCUAUGGAUCAGAGAGCCGGCGGCACCGUCUCCAGCAGCCCUGCGAAGGCCUCGCCCACUCCCACCAGCCCUGCCCCCACCACUGCAGCUGCAUCUCCGGCGUCAACUCAGGCUUUUGUCGGCAAAUUCGACCCCAAGGCCAUUGCCAGGAACGCCAGGGGCAACCGCGCCAGCUCACCAACCAAGCUGGGCGAUGUCAAACUUGGUGAUGUAAAACUGAGCAGCCAGGGAGGGUCGGGCAUAGUAGCCAAAAAGGAAGGCGGGCUUCUUCCCACCAACAGAACACUGAGUACGUUCGGAUUUCAGAAGGCUGCUGACAACCAAAAGUCAACCUCAAAGCGCAAGCUCGACAUGGACGAUGAGGAAAUUAUCAAGCGCAAACUUGUCAAGCUCCCCGACUUCGCUUUAGAAAAUGCUGACACUACACCAUAUGUCGAUGCUGAUGCCGAUGACGAUGUCGAGGACGACUUGGAUCUUGUCUUGGGUCGCAACGAGGAGGAAAUGGCCGAAGCACAGCGAAUCCUCCAAGAACGGCGCGAUGAACGCAUCCAGAAAGAGGGCAUGGCUAUGGAGGUAGACUCCGAGAUCCCCGCUGCCGAGAAGGAAGACCCAACACCAGCUGACAACGCCAUGGAUGUUGACGAAGAGAUUGAUCCCCUGGAUGCCUUUAUGGCUGAUCUGGAACAGAAAGUUCCAAGCAGCGGCAUAUCGUCAGAACCAAAUGGCAACCAAGCGAAUGGCAAGAAGGCGUUUGAGCCUGAGGCGUACUACAGUGAUGACAAUUACGGUUACGAGGCAGACAAGGCCGACCCGUCAUCUAUUCUCGCCAUGGCUGCCAAGAAAAAGAAGAAGGACAUUCCCGUCAUUGACUAUAGCAAGCUUGAGCUCAACAAAAUCCGGAAGAACUUUUGGGUUGAGCCGCUCGAGCUCAGUCAAAUGACAGAGGAAGAAGCAAACGAGCUUAGAUUGGAGUUGGACGGCAUCAAAGUCUCCGGCAAGAAUAUCCCGAGACCUGUGCAAAAGUGGUCUCAGUGUGGCCUAACGCGACCCAUCCUGGACACCAUCGAAGGCCUCGGCUAUGAGAAGCCUACACCAAUCCAGAUGCAAGCCUUGCCCGUCAUCAUGUCUGGCCGAGAUGUAAUCGGUGUGGCAAAGACGGGCUCAGGCAAGACUAUGGCGUUUGCGCUCCCAAUGCUUCGUCACAUCAAGGAUCAAGACCCAGUGAGCGGCGACGAUGGCCCAAUCGCCCUGAUCAUGACACCCACAAGAGAACUGUGCACCCAAAUUUACACCGACCUGCUGCCGUUUACCAAGGUUUUGAAGCUUCGUGCAGUUGCUGCCUAUGGUGGCAAUGCUAUCAAGGACCAGAUCGCCGAGCUCAAGCGUGGCGCCGAGAUCAUUGUCGCUACACCCGGACGUAUGAUUGAUCUCCUGGCCGCCAAUUCUGGACGUGUAACCAACCUGAAGCGUGCCACGUAUUUGGUGCUGGACGAAGCAGAUCGCAUGUUUGACAUGGGCUUUGAGCCGCAGGUCAUGAAGAUUUUCAAUAAUGUCAGGCCGGAUAGGCAGACCAUCUUGUUUUCAGCCACCAUGCCUCGCAUCAUUGACGCUCUGACGAAAAAGGUUCUUCGGGACCCGGUAGAAAUCACGGUGGGAGGACGCAGUGUCGUGGCGCCCGAGAUCACUCAGGUCGUAGAGAUCAUUGACGAGUCUAAGAAGUUUGUCCGCCUAUUGGAGCUUCUCGGAGAGCUGUAUGCCGACGAUGAUGACGUUCGCGCCCUGAUCUUUGUGGAGCGUCAAGAGAAGGCGGACGAUCUGUUGCGAGAGCUCCUGCGCCGCGGUUACGGCUGCAUGUCCAUCCACGGCGGCAAAGAUCAGGAAGAUCGCAACUCUACCAUCUCUGAUUUCAAGAAGGGUGUCUGCCCUAUCCUCAUCGCCACCUCAGUUGCGGCCCGCGGUCUGGAUGUGAAGCAGCUGAAGCUGGUCAUCAACUACGAUGUCCCCAACCAUUUGGAAGAUUAUGUCCACCGUGCCGGCCGAACUGGUCGGGCAGGCAACACCGGUACAGCUGUCACUUUUAUCACCGAAGAGCAAGAGAACUGUGCUCCUGGUGUGGCCAAGGCUCUCGAGCAGAGUGAGCAGCCUGUCCCGGAACGGCUCAAUGAGAUGCGCAAGUCCUGGAAAGAGAAAGUCAAGGCUGGCAAAGCCAAAGACGCCAGUGGAUUUGGUGGCAAAGGUUUGGAGAGGCUGGACAAGGAGCGUGAAGCUGCUCGUCUUCGCGAGCGCAAAACCCACAAGGCCGAAGGCGAAGAGGAAGAAGACAAGGGAGAUGACAAGGACGAAGAGACCAAGAAGGACAAGGCGAAGGAAGCCAUCCAGGCUGCUGUCAGCGCCAUUGUUUCUCGGGAUGCCUCCAAGACGGAGGCGGCGGAGGGCAAGACUAGCGGUGGGCUUGAGCACGGUGUCAUCAAGAGCAGCGGCGUCAUCGGCGGCAGCAGCAGUGCUGGCGCGGGCAAGGGUGGGGGUGCUUUGGAUAAGGCUGCCUCGGCCAUCAGCGAAAUCAACGCCCGGUUGGCGAGAGCUGGCCAGCUUAGACCAGGCCAGCCGAUUGACAAUAAGGGUCCGGAUGCGGGUGCUUUUCAUGCCACAUUGGAGAUCAAUGACUUCCCUCAAAAGGCCAGGUGGGCGGUCACCAACCGCACGAACGUGGCCAAAAUCUUGGAGGCUACUGGGACGUCGAUCACCACAAAGGGUACUUACUAUCCUCCCGGGAAGGAGCCCGGGCCGGGCCAGGAGGCGAAGUUGUAUAUUCUUAUUGAGGGUGAUACCGAGGUGGUGGUGGGCAACGCGCUUUCGGAGCUUACUCGGUUGUUGAGGGAGGGCACGAUUGCGGCGGCGGAUGCAGAGAGCAGGGCGCCUUCUAGUGGGAGGUAUACCAUCACAUAAAAAAAGGGGGAUUUGGGCUAGGAUUUCUCGUCAGGGGCCGGUUUGUUAUGCUCCAUCAUGGCGAAAGCUUUCAGAGUGGGAACAACAUUGGUUGGCGUCCAUAUGGUGUUUUAAUCAUGUAGGGGUUUUGUGUUCAUAGCGUAUAUGGAAGGUAGAGAGAGAGGGUAUUGUAACAAUUCAACUUGAUAAUCAACUGUA